AUGUCGAAUUCAACAGAUUCGAGUUCUUUACUUCCAACACCAAAAACAUAUCAAAUUGUUCUUGGUUGUAUCUCAUUUUUUAUCAUUUUACCAUUUGUAUUACUUCCAAUGAAACGUUAUCCAUUAGGAAGUACAGGUGCUGUUCUUUUUGGUGCUUUUCUAAUGGUUAUAACCAAUGUAAUAAGUCAAUCACGUGUUUAUCAAGUUAUUGGAGAUGAAAAUAAUUUAAAAACAAUUUUUCUUCUUUGGGGAAUGAUGAUUAUUUCUUCAUAUUUUGAACGUGAACAAUUAAUUGAUCGAUUAUUAGAUAAACUUUUUCCCAUUGGUCUUUCAUUUCAUUGGUGGUUAAUUCGUUUAAGUUGUAUUGAUUCGAUUUUAGCAGCACUUUUUACAAAUGAUGUUGCAUGUGUCAUUCUCACACCAUUAAUUCUUCAAAAAUGGUCUUUACAAAAUCGAAAUCGAAAGGAAUUGAAUACAUUACUUUUAACAAUUGCAACACAAGCAAAUAUUGGAAGUACAUUGACAAUCUUUGGUAAUCCUCAAAUGGCUUUAAUGGCAUCAAAAUCCAGUUUAUUUGUUGAUACUCAUAGUCGAUUAGAAUUAAAAACAUGUGUAGAAUAUUUAUGGCUUCCAACAUUUGUUGUUUGGCUUUUAAAUAUUUGUUUUCUUUUGUUUCAUUAUCAUUUGAGUCAAUGUGGUCAAUCAAAAGAAAUUUCCAAUGAACAAAUAGAAGAAGAAAAUUCCAGUGAAUUAUCAACAAUAAAACAAAUUGAACAACCAAUUAUUUCAACACUUUCAAUUCCUCGUUUUACUGAACGUUUUCGUCUGCGACAAUUUGGUGAAAAUAUUGUUCAAUCUUCAUUUGUUGUUUCUCAAGAAAAUCCAAUAAUGAUCGAUCGAAGUGUUUCAAUUUCUUCUCUUCCAAUUCAAGACAAUUCUCAAGAUGAUGAUCAAGAUAGUUUUCAAGCAUCAGAAUCGAAAAUUUUCCGACUUGUUCUUUGUAUUUUACUUCUUAUUGUUAUUGGAUUAUUAUUUGCUUCAAAUGAUAAAGUUUAUUUUGAUAUUGGUUUAAUUCCUGUUGGUGCUGCGAUUAUUUUAUUAGUUAUCGAUACAUUAAUUAAUCAUCAACCACCAAUAUUUAUUUUAGUUCGAAUUGAUUGGAAUGUUCUUCUUUUAUUUUUUGGUCUUUUUGUUUGGCUUGAUGGUCUUAAUUCAACUGGAAUUCCUCAUCGUCUUUGGAUUGCUCUUAAUCUCGAUCAAGCAACAUUAUUAGAUAUGAAAUCUUUGAUGCUUUUCUUUAUGUUUACGAUUAUUGGUAGUAAUGUUUUUUCAAAUGUUCCUUUAACAUUACUUAUUCUUGAACAAGUUCCACGUACAGGUGAUCAUUUAAGUUUAAUUUUAUAUUUGGCUUUUCUUACGACAAUUGCGGGUAAUUUGACACUUUUUGGUAGUGUAGCAAAUUUAAUUGUUGCACAAAAAGCUUUAUCAAGUGAUCUCAAAUAUCGAUUUACUUUUUGGACUUAUUUUAAAUUUGGAUUUGUAACAACAAUUCUUUUUUCUUUUAUUGGAAUGUUUAUUAUUUAUGGAUUAAUUUCUGUUAUUCAUUAA